AUGGCUGACUCCGUGCUCAACCACUCCUGGCCUGCCCUCUCCAAGCUGUGGUGGAAGCAGUGGGCCUUCAAGAGAGGCUCUGAACCCAAGCCAUGUGUCCAGACCUUUGACUCUGGGGUUGGAGCCUCCGCCACGACCCGCAGCAGUGGUUCCUGUGCUGGACCCUGGAGACCUGAGAACUCGGGCUUUUUAUCCACCAUGGAGGAUGAGCAGGAAGAAGACAGGUGUUCAGGGCAGCUGGACCAGAUAGCUGAAGACUUCAGCCUGGACUUGGAAGCCCUGCAGGGCAGCGUGUACUUCCAGGACCUGGGCCUGGGGGACACUUGUUCCAGCCUGCCCGGGGAUGCCAGCGACAGCACCCCCAAGAUGCAAGCUGGGGGAGAUUCGCCCUUCUCCCGCUCAGUAGGGUCCCUGGUCCAGCAGGCGAGGAGACGCAGCUGGGAACGGUCUAGGAGCUGCUCUGAGAGCUGUCAGAGGCUCAGCCUCAAGGACUUUGCACCGGGGGAAGAUGAGGGUCCCUCCCUCCCUCGGUCCCUGGCCAGCCUCGCUCUCAACCUGUCAGGAGGGGGCCUGCAGACCUGGACCCAAGGGCUGAUUGUUCAGCAGGUGCUCCAAGAACUCCGGCAGUACCAUGGGGCCCGGCAGAGGGCUCGCUUGUCAGCCAACCCUGGGGAAGCCCACUCCAGCAUGACGUGGUUCGAGUUCCUGUCUGAGAGCGAGGACGGUGGAGGCAGGGCGGAGCGCACCGACAGAGGCACCAAGGUGAAACGCAGUCUGAGCUCCCUCCGCAGCCGGGUCACCAGGCAGAAGGAGAAGGGUAAGAGCCCAUUGCACCUGAAGGACAAGGGGCAGGAUGCUCGAGAGAGGUGGGAGUGUGUCAACGGGCACCAGCUGGUGCGAGGGACCUUCUGUGGCCAUUCCAGCUGCCCUCUGUGUGGCAAGCCGUUCCUGAGGUCCGCCCCAGGGAAAGCCGCGGCUCCGCCCCCUGGGGUGGGGGUCCAGCCUCCGCAAAGUCCGAGGUUCCAGGAGCGUCCCUGGAGCCCCGCCCCUCAACAAGCCCCGCCCCGGCCACACCCUCGGGCCGGCUCGGGGGCGGGGCGGCGCCUGCGCACUCCGCCCCGCGCGGCUUCCCGCUUCCGGCUCCGCUCGUAG